AUGGCUUUUACAGCAGGGGAAAGCUUGGGAGAGAAUGAAACCAAGAUUGUGAGCGACACUAUCCCACAUCUUCUCUGUCCUCCUGAAAUUAAUCCUCAUCUCACGAAUCGGUCGCUUUCGUAUAAUUCAUCCCUUCAGUUCAAUUGCUCGCAGAGAGGUUUUCCAAAACCUGAGGUACUCUGGACUAAAGAUGGGGUGAAUAUCGGCAACAAGAACACUUUCACGAUUCGUCAAGCGAGGCUGGAGGACUCUGGCCAAUACACAUGCAGCGCCACAAACAGCUUAGGAAACAAGACAUCGACUAUCUGGAUUGAAAUUAUCGGAG